AUGACGGUGCCUCUGCAAUCUUUCCUGGGCGACGUGGACUGCACGGCUCGCGAUGCCACGUUCGUUACGAGCGUGGCCGAUUGGCUCGGCGGCCAUGGGACCACUGCCGCGCAGGACCUGGCCCGGUUAGACGUCGGCGAUCUCCUGUCUAGGGAUCUCGAGAAUCCACGGCUCAAGCGCGGAUUCGUCAGGCGGGCGGUCGCCGAGGCCGCGCGGGCCGCGACGGAGCGCGAGAAUACUGCGCGCGCGAGUGGAUCGGCGACGACGCGGGUGUCCAUCUCGGACAAAUUCCCCGACAUGGGGCUGCGCGGCCAGGACGCCCAGUCCUG